UGCUCUCUUUUGCCAACUCACUAUCAGUUUGCUGUGCCUAUGACUCUAGCUGCGAGUGCCACCAGCCAACCGACCACAACAGGCAAAGGUAUUCCGAAGAAUGUAGAAUUUUCGUUGUACAUAUACUUAUCAUCUUUACCUAUAGGCAUCUUAGAAACCUAGAAGCAAGGAAAUGAUUGGACGUUCGUUUGUUGUAAUAACUAUAUUGAUCGCAUUUUCGGGAUAUGCUCUUGGAUUGCAUAUGUCCUACCCAAAUGAGAGUUUUGUCUUUUUUUCUGUGAGAGAAAACAUCACUCUUACCUGUACCGGAAACGAAGAAGUCAUGUGGGCCGUCCAUUGCUCACACAAAGGUAUUUAUUCAAUGAAGGAGGAAAGUCCUUCUCGAAAAAUCGUUCAAAUAAAAAAUGCUACUCUUUUUCAUGCGGGAGAUUAUGCUUGCCAUUCAAAGAAGAACACGACGGAGUUUGUGUAUAUUUACUUAAAUCCUGAUGAUUCCGUCAUUGAAAGUAUGGGGUUUGAUCCUCGUGCCGACAGUUAUGUAAUCCCUCCAUGAUCAAUACAAGACAAGAAGAAUAUUCAUACACAUAAUAAAAUAAUCUUAAUGAUACUCGUAAUCGGUACCUGAUUGAUUUAUCCCAUCAGCGUAUUUUAUGGAUACUAACUUAAAGUCGCUGAUCACGAUUUUGAUAUUAUUUUCAUCAAUGUGUAUGCUAAUUUAAGGUCGUACAUUAGAUUACGAAUUUGAUGUGAUUAUUACGUUUCAAGGUUGUUUUAAAGAUCAAAAUGGCUCAUUUUUUUGAUCCCAAGAAUGGAUCAUUUCCGCGGGAAUAAGGAAGCGCCGUCGGGACAAUCUGACAUCGGAAAUGAAUUCGCAGUCCCAAAAAUCCCCAACAACAAAAAUUGCACUCGAUUCGACCCAAAUUUCAACGGGCCAUUUUUAGUGCAAUAAAAUUUUAUUGCACUAAAAAUGGCCCGUUGAAAUUUGGGUCGAAUCGAGUGCAAUUUUUGUUGUUGGAGAUUUUUGGGACAACGGAUUCAUUUCCGAUGUCAAAUUGUCUCGAUGACGGCGCUUCCUUAUCCUCAAAAUGAUAUUUUUUGUAUUACCUAAUUAAACACUAUUAUAAUGUACAGGGAGUAAAUUAUUAUACUGAUUAAGUUCUUUUAGGUAUUGCUGAUUACAAAUAUGUCAUCCAUUUCACUGCAUACUGCGUUUCAAACUUUUAAACUUUGAACUUUUAUCUCUUAAAUGCCGAUAUUUGAAAAACUUUGCAUUUUGUGGUCAAAUGGAUGCCGGAAACGGUUUCCUCGUGUCUGUAAACCGUACCUACGACCUUAUAGGCCUAAUCCGAAAUCGCAAAGGCGGAAUCAUCUGGAAAAAAAUUGAUGACAUUUUAUUUUAUUGAUGAGUAUUUGAGAGAAAAUAAAAAUAGGUACCUAAUGAUUUCUAUAGUUCACGAUCAUGAUAAACCUUACCCGGACGUAAAUGAAUCUGCACGAACUCUUUCUUGUUCGCGGUUGAAUAGCAAACAUAUUCUCCAAUAUUAUAAGCAGUAGCAUUUUUUAUUUCCACCAAUUUUCGACCACCGCUCUCCUGCUUUAUUGAAUAAAUGCCCUAAAAGCAGAGAAAAAAAUAAACGCUUGUGUAAGUAGGUAAUGUACCCUAUUCGUAUUAUCUUUCGCGUGAGAGACACAAUUUUUUCACAUAGAUAAGGGGAUUUGGUGACAUUUUUUCGGGUCUAUAAAAUUCUUUUCUGGUCCCAACCCUACAUGUGCUAUAAAGUUGAGACUAUUAUGGUAUAUUCAGAACUUAUCAAUUUACUUCGGAUGGGCAAAGAACGGUCCACAUGACUUCUUCAUCGUAUCCAGUACAGAUAAGAGUGAUGUUUUCUCUGGCAGAAAAAUACACGGUACUCAUAUUUGCGUAAGAAGUAUGCAAUCC